UAUCACAUUUGCGAGCACAAAAGAAUGAUUUGAUUUAUUUGCUCUGCUGGGUAAAUACAGUGUGACCAUGUGAUCCGCGCCAUAACCAAUAGGCGGCUGAGGAGAAGGUAAGGGCAGGAAAAAAAUUACUACCAUUUUAGGGGAGGAUGGAAGCCACUAUACUGACCCAUCUAAGGUUUUACAGUCGCCUUUAAGUGUCUUUUUUAUUGAAAUAAUAAAAUAAACAUGUCGCUAACAAAUUAUUAUUCCAUGAUGGGGCUGCAGACUGAGGAGCCGUACGGCGCACAUUUCCUCCCGGCAGGCUUGCAGGCGUCGACGGCCGGCUGCGCAAAGCCAUCCCGCGGCGCGGAGGAGGAGGAGGGGACCCCGGGCUCGCACAUUCCGGAUUUUGCCCACUUCCCCAACAAGCAAAGCGGCUUGAAUGGCUUCUCGCCGUGGACGAACCCCCCCUCGGCGUCGUCGCCCCCUUCCCCGCCGCUUCAGGCCGCUCCUGGCGCGUCCAUCACGGGGCUUUUCCACCCGCACCACCUCCUCGGCCACCACCACCAGCAGCCGCCGCCGCCGCCACACCUCCAGCCCCAGCAGCCCUCUUACUACGCCGAGCACCUCGCCCCGGCCUCGGAGGGCCGCUUCGUCCGCUGCUGGGAGGGCCCCGGCCCCACCGCGGAGGGCAACUUCGCCGCGUGCCUGCCACAAGCGCAGGGCUGCCCCUCGAACCAGAGCCCGAGGUUCGAGGCGGUGAAGCCCGACAGCUCGCCGCCUCGGUCGCGCGACAGCCCGGGAGACUCUAGCUUCGCCAGCCCGGGAGAAGUGGUGCUCGAGCGGCUGGGAACCCCCGAGGAGCUCCGCAAGAAGCCGGAGCCCAAAAAGGAGGACGAAGAGGAGGACCAGGAAGGCACGAAGAAAGGACAACCGGUGCAGCCUGACCCAGAGAACCCAUCAGCCAGCUGGAUCCAUGCCAAGUCCACCCGCAAGAAGCGCUGCCCUUACACCAAGCACCAGACCUUGGAGCUGGAGAAAGAGUUCCUCUACAACAUGUACCUGACCCGGGACCGGCGCCUGGAGGUGGCCAGACUCUUGAAUCUGACCGAGCGCCAAGUGAAAAUCUGGUUCCAGAACCGACGCAUGAAGAUGAAGAAACUGAUGAUCCGGGAAAGGAGGAGCAUCAAUGAAUAGGAUGGGAAGGGAUGUGGGGCGGUGGGGGGUUAUAACAUAAGCUUCUGUACACCUUCUUUAGGAAAAGGAAAAAAAAAAAAAGAAAAAACAUUGGGGGGAAGCUUCUCAAACUUCCAAGUGCGAGCUGAAUGGGCGUCACGGGACUUUUAAGUCACAAAAACCUUGUGAAGUAAGACAAAAACGUCCACACUGUGACACACUUAUGUCGACGUGAAAGCAAAACUAUAUUUUUUGCUUCUGUCCCGCUUGUCGACAUGUUCUCGUGAGAAUUUAGUAGGAUUUUGUACAACAAAAAAAAUUGUGCAAAAAUUAUGUGCUAAAUUUGGAGCAAAGUGACAUUUUUUGGGGGGAGGGGUAACUUUGACAUGCUCAUCAAAGAAUGUCAUGAAAAUAAUGUAUGCUGAUCACUUUGGAAUUGUUCUCAAGUAUUGUGGUCAAAUAUUUCCGCGCAAAAUGUCAGCCAAUUUUAGGUGAGUGCUUAACACACUUUUUGUACCAAAUGUUCAUUUGAUUCUUGCAAGAAGAAGUCCGAUGUUCUCUGAAAAUUCGGCCAACAAUGUUUCACGUUUUUGUGGGAAAAACGUCAGGAUGUAAUAUAGUCACGCUACCAAAUUAUGUCCGAAUUUUAUUUGACCAAACUAUUUUUUUUUCCCUCUCUCCCUCUAUUGCAAAAAAUGUUGUCAGAUUUUGAACAAAAUAUUAGUUGCAAGUCGUCAUUAUUUGGAGGGGUAACUUGAAACAUUUGACCAUACGCAUUAACUACUUUGAAAAUGUGGUGUGCUCCGAAACUGGAGUGACAUUUCACGUUUUUGUGUCAGAUUUUGUGCAAUUUUUAGGAUUUAGGAAAUUAUAUGCCUUAAGUACUGAAAUCAUGGCAAAUUAUAUCAGUCUGAUUUUUACGCAAAAUCAUAGCGAACUCAAACUAUGAGGCACUAAAAUCUGCAGACUGUACCAAAGGUCAGAGUAGUUUUUGGUUCGAUCCCCCAGUCAGGAGAAUUUUGUCAAAAAAAUUUGCUACUUUUCUUGAGGGGAUUCGCUAUCAUGUUGCUGGAAAUACACAUAUAGCCAUUUUUGUGGAAAGUACAGUGGCGGAUGUUAGUAUUUUCAUUAAUUUCGUUCCUGACAGUCUCACUAAUUUUUGUACAAAUUCCAACUAAAUUAUUUUGAGAACACAUUGUCUUUUUACGUCAGAAUUUUGUGAUGUGUUGUCAUGACUGCUAAAAAAAAAAAAAUCUGGCAAAAUUUCAAAUUUUUGUGGCAAAAUGUCAGCCAUUUUGGUGGAAUGUACCCGCGAAGUUGCAUUGCGGCUGAGUUUUACUUGCAGUCAUGCUCUUGUCCGUUUAUAAAUAGCGUUCAAUUUUCUUUCACAAUAUCCAUCCAUAACAUGUGGUUUUAAAUGUUAGGAAAUAUGGCCAAAGUGCACAGAAAUUGGGGGGCUGGCUAUUAAUUAUUUAUUUACAUUUGUGAACAUAAUUUAGUGGUUAACAUUUUCUCAAAUUUAUGAAUACAUUCUCAAAUGAAAAUUUGUAGGUAAGGUGGUUGUAAUUAGUAGAUGGCAGGAAAUAUGAAAUCAAAUUAUUGUAAAAUAUAUAAGUGUUUGCUCAGCAUGUCAGCCAAAUUCAUGGAAUGUAUCGUAACAGGCUUUGCAAUUUUUGCAGAGCUGUGUCGCAAUGGUGCAGAAAGGAAAAAAAAAAAGCAAAAACUUUUUGUGUAAUGUCCUACUAAAUUUUCAUCAUGACAUGCUGCACGCCCGUUCCGCUCCCAUGUUUUUUUUAAUGUUUGUGAAGUAUUGUAAUUACUAGAAAACUUUGUCAAAUAUUAGGAAAUGCUCGAGCACCGUGAUGGAGAUCAUCGCUUCUUGCACAGAUUACUCGUCUAGGUCUUAACAUACAAUUUCCAACCAAAAUUCUCAAUAUGACGUGUCACACCCCAACAAUUUUGUAGCAUUGUGUUUAGUUGAAAACUUUGACAGCGCGUUGUGUAAAAUGUUAGGAAAUACUACUUAAUUUCUGCUUGUACACACUCUUGUAACUCAUCUCAGACUUCUUUGGACAACUUUCUACGAAAUUGCCCUCUGGCGCACUCCGCAACUGAUCUCAUGACUUGUAAUGACCCGACAUGUACAGUAAAGAUGAUUUAUGUAAACCUAUAAAACCUCACAGAAAGAGUAACCAAAACAUGCUUUGACCACACAAAAACAGGACUGAGAAGAUGCUAAAUUGUGUGAAAUUUAAAUGAUGGCUAACAAAUUCUUAGAUGAAAGGUGGAAUCUGUAAGUAUUGACCAUCUUAAACGAAAUUAGGUGAUAUUUGCAUGUUUGGUUAGUGUUUGGUUUCGGCACGAGAAGGCGCAUUCACAAGGUUUCUACAGGUAUAUUUGCCAUCUUUUGUUACUCAAAAUGUGCUUCAGCAGUCAUCAUUGUUUUUAGUCUUUGUUAAACUCUGUUGAAUGUGACAUAUGCCAUAGUUGCUACAAUAGACAGUCACGGCGCUUUGUUUUUUUUUUACAACAUGGCUUGUAUCAGAAGUGAAAUUGUUGUCCCCGCCGUAAUUUAAUAACAACCACGUGACAUGCAUACAUAAUGUGUCGAAACAAUGCGACGGUCAGCAUGUGACUCCAACAUACAUAAAGAAGCAGCAGUUUUGUCUUCUUUGCGCAAGCUAACCGGUUCUGUGUUGUUUUUCUGAACACAAUUUUACAAAUGAGCCCAAAAAGACACAAUUCUCUGGGAUGUCGAUAUAAAUGUGAAUAGACAACCGAGAUAGAAACCUCAGUGCAUUUGGCUAGAAAUAGCCCGUAGCGACAGCUAGUGUGUGACUCGAACAUACUGCUGCUGUGUUGUUUUUGUACAACAAAAGGUACGAUUUUAUUUUAAUAAAGACCAAAAAAGACACAAUUCUCUCGGACACCGACAUAAAUAAAGCGAAUAAAGCGAACGAAAUGGAAACCACCUCACUGCAUUUGGUUAGCUUUAGCAUGUAGUGACAGUUAGCAUGUGACUCCAAUAUACAUAAUGAGGCACCGGUCUUAUGUCCGUCACGCAGGCUAAUAGCUGCUGUGUUGUUUUUGUACACACAAAAGGUACGAUUUUAUAAAUGAAUCAUUUUCUCCAGAACCUGGACACAAAUGGGAAUAAGCAAACGAGAUGGAAACCACCUCACUGCGUUUGGUUAGCAUUAGCAUGUAGCAGACUGCAUUUUCCUAGAAAACUGCACAUGCGCAGAUUUAAAUUAAAUGAGAUGAAACUCGUUUACUUAGUUGUUUACAGACUAAGAUUUCGACAACUAACCAUUCACACGCACAAUAUAUAAUCCUUUCAUAACUUUGCUGCUGUAAAUUGGGAAUUUCUCCAUUGUGAGGCGAAUAAAGGUUUUCUUAUUCUUAUUCUUAUUUUAAAGUAAGCUGGGUUUUACAUUUUUGAGUCACAUGAUGCACUUGUCGACUUAUACAUGUUUUCAUUGUGCUUGUGGCAGGAGCUACACAGAGGCGAGAAAUUUGCCAAAUGAUUGACAUCAGUGCAAAAUUUAGUCUUCAGUGAUGCAGAUGCAAGAACUGUGAGACACAUGUGCUAACCACUAGUCCAUUCUAAGCUAAUCAAUAUGAAAUGUUAGUCUUUAAUUCUUAUGUUGAGAUUGUUAUGGUUAUUUAUUAUGAAUUACAGAAAAACAUAAUUUUCACAUGUCCGGCUGAAAUCUUUUCUAAAGGCCAAACCACUAGCAAACCAAACCAUUGUUUGACAAGCAAACUGUUUGUUUCGAAACGAGCGCUUGUGGUUCCAAUGAGCGAAGUUUUUCUGCCCAUUGACAGCGAAAAUGUUGUGACUAUUUUUUUUUUUUUUAUAUAAACUGCAUGUGUAAUCCAACAGACUUGUGUUGUUGUCGUCAUUGUAUAUUUGUUGUUGUUCACGUGGGCAAACGCACUGUGGUUGCUAGGUGUCAGAUCACAACAACAACAACAACACUGAUGUGAAUGUUGCUGCUUCUUGUUUUCUACUUGCGGACACACAACUCAAUACAACCGACAGUGUGUGUGUUCCGUGGGAUGUCCGUCACACAACUGGAGCCCAGAUAUCAUGUCUGCUCUCCUACUUUUUUUUUUUUUAAAGUAAAUAAACUGCGUUACAAACCUCA